AUGAAUUUUCAACAAAUUAACAACAGUUUUUGUUCACUUGUUUCGGAAAAAGAUAUUGUUGAAUGUUUUUGCUGCGGUAUUAUAUUGCAUCGUUGGGAAAAAGAAGAUAAUCCAUGGAUUGAACAUUCAAGAUGGAAUCCGAAAUGUGUUUUUGUAUUAUUAUCAAAAGGAAAUCAGUUUGUUGAAAAUGUAGUAAAAAAAUAUGGUUCUAUCGAAUUAGGUAGCUACAGCAAUAUACAAAGUGAAGAUUGUUCAUUUAUGUACGAGUUAUUACAAUUUCAUUUUAAUUCAUUGUCGAACAUGAUAUUACAAGAUUUAGUGAUGUAAUAUAAAAAAAGUUUCUUAAUUUAUUUUAAUUUAUCGUUCUUGUAAAAAAAAAAAAAAAAAA